AUGCGCACCACCAUUACCCGCAACAUCAUUGUCGUUGCCAUGGCACUCAUCUGCUCUGCUGCACCCAUCGAUGAACGUGCAGUGCCGGUCCCGGGCAUGUUCCUCUCGACUAGCGCCGUGGUCCCAACAGCAGAUCUCGAUCCUCGUGCCAUUCCUCUGCCGGGCAUGUUCACCGCGACGCACGUAGUGCCCUCGACCGCCGAUCUCGAGGCGCGCGCUGUUCCCGCCCCUGGAAUGUUCACGGCGGCAGAUGCCGUGCCGCCGACCGCUGAGCUUGUCGCUCGUGCGGGCCCGCUAGCAGGCGUAUGGGCCCCAAUCAACUGA